CCAGAAGAUGGAGGUUUGUAUAGAGGAAGAGGACAACGCCAACCAUUCAGCCUACAAGAAAAAACUUGAACCCUCGGACAUGAAAAAUCAAGACCACCAAGGGAGGUCUGGGUCUCCAGGAUCUGACUGUUUAUCUAUGAAGAGUAACAAUUCUAUCUAUCAACCUCCUGAUCUCAGUAAUGAACCUGGACCCUCAGACACAAAAGGUCAGAACCACUCGGGGAGAAGCGAGUCGAUCAAGGAACCUCUCAAUUUCAGUAAUAAACCUGGACCCUCAGACACGAAAGGUCCGGACGACAGAGGAAGGUCUGGGUCUCCAGGAUCUGACUGUUUAUCUAUGAAGAGUAACAAUUCCAUCUACCAACCUCCUGAUCUCAAUAAGGAACAUGGACCCUCGGACACAAACGGGAGGGAGGGGAGUGGUGUGUGUGUGGAGGGGCAGCUGUCCCGUUGUCCUUUGUGUCAAAAUGUCCUGAAGGAUCUAGUCUCUAGCAGCUGUGGACACUCGCCCUGCCAACAGCGCAUCAGCUCAUGCUGCGAUGAGUCUGCAUCUUUAGGACAACCCUGUUGUGGCAAAAGAUCCAGAAGCAGAGAUGAACUGCAGACAGCCGGUCAGAGCCACUCUGUGCUGGAUGUUGGUCUGCAGAACGUUUUAAAGGAUCAUAAGAUCAGUCUGAGGAGGAGAUGUGAAUGUGUAACUGAAGGAAAUGAUGAAAAAGGAAGUAGAACCCUUCUCAACAAGAUUUACACUGAUCUCUACAUCACAGAAGGACUAAGUGAAGAGAUUCAUAUUCAACAUGAGGUGAAGCAGCUGGAGAGAGCUUACAAGAUCCAGCGUCUCCAUGAUACUCCUAUCAGGUGCCAAGACAUCUUCAAAUCUUUACCUGACCAACACAGAGCUGUCAGAGUUGUUCUGACGAAUGGUGUCGCUGGUGUUGGAAAAACCUUUUUAGUGCAGAAGUUCACUUUGGACUGGGCAGAUGGCUUGGAAAACCAAGAUUUCUGUUUGGUGGUGUUACUUUCAUUCAGAGAGCUGAACUUGGUUAAAACAGAGGACCACAGUCUUUUCACGCUGCUCCAUGUUUUCCAUCCAACCCUCCAGAAGCUUCCAGCAGAGCAGCUGACUGUCUGGAAACUUCUCUUCAUCUUUGACGGCCUGGAUGAAAGCAGACUUUCGCUGGACUUCAACGACAGUCGGCUUGUUUCUGACGUAACACAGAAGUCACCAGUCAAUGUUCUGUUGACAAACCUCAUCAAGGGGAACCUGCUUCCCUCAGCCUUCAUCUGGAUAACAUCCCGGCCUGCAGCCACCAAUCAGAUCCCUCCUUUAUGUGUUGAUAGGGUAACAGAAGUACGAGGCUUCACUGAUGCCCAGAAGGAGGAGUACUUGAGCAGGAGGUUCAGUGACAAAGAGCUGUCCGCCAAAAUCAUUUCCCACGUCAAGACCUCCAGGAGCCUCCAAAUCAUGUGUGCAAUCCCAGUCUUCUGCUGGAUCACUGCUACGGUUCUGGAGCACAUGUUGAUCACAGAGCAGAGAGGAGAGCUGCCCAAGACCAUGACUGAGAUGUAUUCCCUCUUCCUGCUGGUUCAGACGAAGAGGAAGAGGAUCAAGUACCAUGAAGGAAAAACGAGGAGUCCACAGGAGUUACUGGUAUGUGACGGGGAACGUCUUCAGAAUCUGGGGAAGCUGGCACUAGAGCAUCUGGAGGAAGGAAAAAUCAUGUUUUACCAAGAAGACCUGGAGCAGUGUGGUCUUCAUGUCCCAGAUAUUGCAGUGUAUUCAGGGCUUUGUACAGAGAUCUUUAAAAAAGAGAGUGUUAUCUUUCAGAAGCCAAUCUACUGCUUUGUUCAUUUGAGUAUUCAGGAGUUUCUGGCUGCAGUCUACAUGUUCAACUGUUUCACCAGCAGGAACACAGAGGUGAUGAAGAACUUCCUGGGAAAAACAUAUAGUGAAUUAUCUCUUGAGGACUUCCUGAAAAUAGUCAUGGAGAAGUCCCUUAGAAGUAAAAAUGGCCACCUGGACCUGUUUGUUCGCUUCCUUCAUGGGCUUACUGUGGAGUCCAAUCAAAAACUCUUAGGAGGUCUGCUGAAUCCAACAGAGAACAGUCCAGAAACCAUUAAGACAGUCAUUAGCAAUCUAAAUGAGAUGAACACUGAUGAUAUCUCUUCGGACAGAAGCAUCAACAUCUUCCACUGUCUGACGGAGAUGAAGGACCUUUCAGUUUAUCUAGAGAUUCAAAAGUUUUUGCAGACUGAGAAAAGAUCAACAAAGAAACUCUCAGAGAUCCACUGCUCGGCUCUGGCCUACAUGCUGCAGAUGUCACAGGAGGUUCUGGGUGAGUUGGACCUGUGGAAGUACAGAACAUCAGAGGAGGGACGGCGGAGACUGAUUCCGGCUGUGAGGAACUGCCGAAAGGCUCGAUUAGUUAGGUGUAGACUCUCAGAUGCCCACUGUGAAGCUGUGGCAUCAGCUUUGAAGUCCAAUCCAUCCCAUCUGAUAGAACUGGAGCUGAGCGUUAACGACAACCUGAGUGACUCCGGACUGAAGUAUCUGUUUGCUGGGCUGGAGAGUUCAAACUGCAGGCUUAAGGUCCUGAGAUUGUUUUACUGCAGGUUGUCAGAGGUGAGCUGUGCUGCUCUGGUCUCUGCUCUGAAAUCCAAUCCCUCACAUCUGACAGCACUGGACCUCAGUAGGAACAAAGAGCUUGGAGAUGCUGGUGUUAAGGAGCUCUGUGGUUUCCUGGGAGAUCCCCUCUGCAGAAUCGAGACUUUGAGACUGAUGGACUGCAGUUUGACAGAGAUCAGCUGUUCUUCUUUGGUCCAAGCUUUGAUGUCCAACCCCUCCAAUCUGACAGAGCUGGACCUGAGCUGGAACAAGGACCUGAAAGAUGCUGGAGUGAAGGCGCUCUGUGAUUUUCUGCAGAGUCCCAUGUGUCAGAUACAGGCUCUAAGAUUCAUAGAAUGCAGUUUGUCACAUAUCAGCUGUUCUGCUCUGGCCUCGGCUCUGAAGUCCAAUCCCUCCCAACUGACAGAGCUGGACCUGAGCAAGAACAAGGACCUGGGAGAUACCGGAGUGAAGGAACUCAUCGACUUUCUGAAGAACCAACUCAACAGAAUCACAAAUUUAAGACUGAUGGACUGCAGUUUGUCAGAGAUUGGCUGUGAUUGUCUGGCCUCUGCUCUGAAGUCCAACCCUUACCGUCUGACAGAACUGGACCUGUGCCAGAACAACCUGCAGGACUCAAAUGUCUAUCAGCUGCUGGAGCUUAAGAAGAGUCCAGACUAUGAACUGAAGGUUCUCCAGUGGAAUUGAUGAUCUGUGUGAAGGAGAGAAGACUGUGUCCUGGUGAUCCAUAGAGGUUGAAGCAGCAAAUCAGUCCUUUAUAUGAUCUGUUGAGCUGCUCGGGGCAUAAAUCCCCCCUCAGGGUGUCGCAGGAAUGUCUGCCUGAAGAUGGUUGACCUAUCUUUGGUGUUGGGGUCACUUAAAUAGUAAUAAAAACAAUUAAAUUAAGAUGUAAGUAUUAUACAAAGUGAAGGCUAUGAUACUUUUAUUAUACCUAGCUGCUCAAAAUUAUUAGAUUAUUGUAGAAUGUAAUUUUUGCCAACAUUUUGGAGUACAUCUGGAGGACUACAGCUACAUUCACACUGCAGAAAAAUGCGACCCCAGAUCCGAUCUUUUUACCAAUAUGCAACCCAUCGCCAUCUUUUUCAUGGCAGUGUGAAUGUCCCAAUUCUGAUCUUUGUAAAUAGCUUUAUUAUGAUUCCUGCAA